AUGAGGCCCGGGGAGGGGAGCUGCGACGGCCCGCUGCUGAUUGUGACCGCCGUCCUGAUGCUGUCCACGAGGCCCCCAGGCUCCUGGGCGUCCCGAAUCAUCGGGGGCCACGAGGUGACCCCCCACUCCAGGCCCUACAUGGCGUCCGUGAGUUUCGAGGGUGAGCACCACUGCGGGGGCUUCCUGCUGCGGCCCCGCUGGGUUGUGUCGUCCGCCCACUGCUUCAGCGACAGAGACCCCCAAAUGGGCCUGGUGGUGCUAGGGGCCCACAACCUGCACAUCGCAGAGGCCACGCAGCAGGUGUUCAGCAUCUCGGCUGUCUUCAUGCACCCCGAUUACCAUUCGGACACCCACACCAGUGACAUCACUGUGCUGCAGCUGAACAGCUCUGCCAUCCUGGGUCCUGCAGUGGGGCUGCUGCGGCUGCCACGGAGGCCACCCAGGGCCGGGGCACGGUGCAAGGUGGCCGGCUGGGGCUCCGUGUCCGACUUCAGGGAGCUGCCGCCUGUGUUGAUGGAGGCCGAGGUCCGCGUGCUGGGCCUGGACGUCUGCAACAGAUCCUGGAGGGGGCAGCUGAGCCCUGCCAUGCUCUGUACCCGCAGUGGGGACCGCCAGCGACGUGGCUUCUGCUCGGCAGACUCUGGGGGGCCCCUGGUUUGCAGAAAUCGGGCCCAUGGCCUCGUCUCCUUCUCUGGCCUCUGGUGCGGCGACCCCAAGACCCCCGACGUGUACACACUGGUGUCCGCCUUCGUGACCUGGAUCAGGGACGUGGUUCGGCGGGGCCCGCACGGCUGCCAGCCCAGACCCCCGCCCAGGACCACUGGGGGCCCUCCGGGAGUUGCCUGAACCACAGCAGCGCCGGGUGCACGAGAUGAGGUUAGCUCCGGCCUGGAAAAUUCCGUGGCUGGGGCAGAGGGUCCAUGGGCCCCCAAACCUCAGGAAGCCUGGUGUGUGGGGGGUGGCAGGGGGGAUAGGGGUGAAUCGGUUCUGAAUAAAAAGGGCAAAAUAACACAAUAAAGUGUUAACUGGCUCACCAGACACGAUGGUCUGCCUCCAGGGCCCAUCCACGUCUUUGAGCUUCUCCUUGGCCUCAGCGUGGCCGAGGGUCCAGUUCUACCACUCCCUCCCGGAGGGACCCUGAGCCACAGGACCUGGGCCCCUCUCCACCCUCCCACACCCUCUCCGCGCUGACCCCUCUGGAGUUUCCCACCCUGCCUCACAGCCCGAGCUUGGGACGGCCUCCCCGCCUUGGCCCCUAUCUGGACCGCCACUCCUCUGCCCUCCAGCGAACCCCACCCACAGAUGGGGAGACCGAGGCCGGGAGAGGGUAGGGUCUCUGGUCCUCAGGGUGGGGUCUCAGGUUGGCCUGUCCUCACCCUCUGAAAAGCGCUUUGAGCGCACGGUGCCCGGCUGGCGGCAAGGCUGGGCGAGUCCCAGCUGGUAGCUGGUGCUUUUCCUAAUCGUGUUAGUGUCGCUAUGGUACCUCCAACCCUUCCAGGCCAGGCCUCCAUUUCUGGACCCUAAACCAGGUGGCCUCUUGGGGCUGC